GAGCUGCCAGGCUGGCUGUGUAAAGUUUGCCUUCUCCUACUUCAGUGCCUCUGGCCAUAGUACUUAGGCAGGGCUUCACUGCCACAUAGUGCAGACACAACCUUCUCUGUUUAAAGGAGUCUUCCUGCACCUCCUCCCAAUUCUGUGUUCUAGAGCUGGCACAAUGUGUGAGGCAGCAGCAGCUGUUUGAUACUCAGUGUCCUUUACCCCAGUGCCAGGCUGGCACCAUAGCCAUCAGCUACUUUACCUUGUCCUAAACUGAUCUCUCAUGUGACAGAAAUCUGAAGCUCAAUAUGCCGUCACUACUGCACUUUACUGUGUGCUUCUUGACUGUUUUCUACUAUACUUACCAAGUCUCAGGUGAAAUAGAAUCAUGCCAAUCGCAAUGUGGUAGACAUCUCCAGAAUUGCUCCUGCCAUGCAAGUUGCUUGAAUUUAGAAAACUGUUGUACAGAUUAUCGUAAAUUAUGUCUCCAGAUUUCUCCCCACUCAGGGACCUUAAUGGGAGGGAAAGACUUUACUGUUCUUCAUGUACCUUUUGAUAAGACUAUAAAUGUGACCUGCAGAUUCAACAAUGAAACUGAUACUCAGGGUUAUGUUACUGAACUUGGAAAUGCUCACUGCAUUUCUCCACUGCUAUUUCAGACUGGCCAUGUCCCAUUUACAUUGCUAUUCAGUGGAGUAUCCAGCUCGUUUCCUUCUGGCACUUGGCUAGCAGUUCAUCACAGCAAAGUUUCUGAGGAUGAAAAGAGCCAAUUGGUUGAGUCAAAAACAUGGCAAUAUUAUGGAACUCCUGGAUAUAAUGGCACUCUCACAAUGACCUGGAAUCCCAGGACUCUUCCAGCUCAACAUGUCCGUAUUGAGGUUUGGAGCUAUAAUGAAACAGGAAUUCCAUACUCUGAAACAUGGGAGGCUGACUGGACUUACCUCUACACGUUGGAGGUAGCUCACCCCAACAAUGGCAACUUCACUUUCACUCCAGUUCCUGCACAAUCUCCAUAUGAUCACUGGGAAGUGGGAAUGUUAAGGAUCAGUGCAAGUAACCAAAAGGAAGGAGAGAGGAAUGUACAAGCAAUAUGGAGUCCUGUCCAUGCCUUAGCUUGGCACUUAUCAGAGAACUUCAGAGACAACCCUGCCGACUGGGCAUCUAAAAAGUGUAUAGACUGGACACUUUUGGAAACUGAGAAGCUGCCUAAUUUCUUGAAGGAGGUUGCAGAUUGCCCCUGCACACUAGACCAGUCCAGAGCGGAUACAGGAAGAUAUCAUACAGAUUAUGGUUGCAACAUUGAAAAGGGUAGUGUAUGUACAUACCACCCAGGAGCUGUGCACUGUGUGAGGAGCAUACAAGCAAGCCCUCAGUAUGCUGCAGGACAACAAUGCUGCUAUGAUGCAUCAGGAGCUCAGGUCCUAACUACUGAUUCACUAGGAGGCAGCACACCUGACCGAGGCCAUGACUGGGGGUCCCCUCCGUACAAAAAGCCCCCCAGAAUACCUGGAUUUUCUCACUGGCUAUAUGAUGUGAUUACUUUUUACUACUGUUGUCUGUGGUCAGAUAACUGCCAUUACUACCUCGAACUAAGACCAUCCAGUGACUGCCGCACAUACAAGCCACCAAAAGUUGCUUCUGCUUUUGGAGAGCCUCACAUUAUAACAUUUGACGGCUUAAAUUACACGUACAAGGGUAAAGGAGAGUAUUAUUUGGUGAAAUCUACAAAUCCAUCUCUGAGCAUUCAGUGCCGUACCAAACCUUUUCAAGAGGCAGAGACACCAAAGGAAAAUGAACCUCCUCCACAUUCAGGGUUGGUUGCAAGAUUUUUGACAGCAUUACAAGAAGACAGAGCUCCCCAUCGGCGCUUAUUAUCUGAUAAGAUAAAUGUGGCUAGCAUUUCCUCAGUGGCCAUGCAAGAAGAAGACUCUGAUGUGGUUGAAGUACGUUUGAAAAAUGGAACGCAGAAUGAACUGGAGACUCUAUUGAAUGGAGAAGUCCUUAGCUUUGAAGAGCAGAGCUGGAUGGAUAUGAAAGAGGUUUUCAUAUUUUCUCCAAUUACAUCAAAUGUGACGGUGAUGUUUCCAUCUGGAGCUGGAGUGGAAGUGAGAGCCAUUAAAAGAUUUCUGAGCGUCUCCGUUCUUCUCCCUGAAAUAUUCCAAAACAAAACCCGAGGGCUUCUAGGAGUCAUGAACAGUGAUCCUGAAGAUGACUUCACUCUGAGGAAUAGUACACAACUGCCAAGUUCUGCUAGCCCAGAAGAAAUUUUCAGCUUUGGUGCAGAUUGGGCGGUGACAGAAGAAAGCUCAAUCUUUCAGUAUGACUCUCCAGAAUUGAUCAGCAGUUAUAAACUAAAACAUGACCCAGAUUUUAUUCCCACAUUUAAAGUUGAUGACAAUGAUACUCUGGUUCAAGAUGCCAAAAUCUUGUGUGGCAAUGAUAUGUUCUGCACAUUUGAUGUCUUAACAACAAAAAGUUUGGAUAUUGGCAAUGCUACCAAGAUCUCCUAUACCAGUCACAGAGCAUUGGUGGACAGUCUUCAACCAGUGGUCACAUGUGGCAGGCUCGCUCCACCAGCAAAUGGCACAAAGAACGGAACAAAUUAUUCAGUUGGUUCUGUCAUCACAUUGAGUUGUAAUAGUGGUUUUGUGAUGACUGGAUCUAAGCAGAGAACAUGCCAAGCUGAUGGUAAAUGGUCUGGUGAACCAACCAUGUGUAUUCUAGGAUCUACUAACUCUUGUUCCAGUCAGUGUGGACAAGUCCUAGCUCAGUGCUCCUGUCAUGCUACCUGUGAAAAACUUGCUAAUUGCUGCCCAGACUACAGAUCUUUCUGCAUUCGUAUUUCUCCGGAUUCUGGUUUGCUGAUGGGAGGAAGGGAUUUUGUAAUUCUGAAUGUGACCUUUAACUCCAGCUCCAUAGUGAAAUGCAGAUUUAACAAAGAGAUCAUUGUGGAUGGUUUUCUUGAUGUGGAUGGUCAUGCGCACUGCGUGUCACCAUUACUCUAUGAGACGGGGCGUAUUCCUUUUGAAAUGUCUGUGGAUGGAGGAAGCACAUACCCUCAUUCAGGAACUUGGCUGUCAGUGCAUCCUGGGAAGGUGUCAGAAUUGGAGAAAUGUACUCUAGUCAAUGAAACAAAGUGGCAGUAUUAUGGCACACCAAAUUUCGGAGGCAGCCUGACUGUUGAAUGGAACCCAGAAAUAUUGAAAUCAGAUUUAGUAGACAUUGAGGUCUGGGGCUACACGGAAACAGGAGAGCCAUAUUCUGAAUCUUGGUCACCCUUCUGGCACUAUCUCUAUACGCUGGUACACAGACAAAUCAAUAAUGGAACUUUCACCUUCGAUCCCAAACCAGCAGCUGAGGAACAUAGAGUCUUUGAAUUUGGAAGCCUUAGGAUUGUACCAAGUGGCUAUGAUGACGGCAAGUGGAAUAUCCACUCUUUAUGGAGUGUAGAUCAUGCCAUGGCUUGGCACCUAGGAGAAGAUUUCCGCAAGGAUUCUGCUGGUUGGGCACAUAAUAAAUGUCUGAAGUGGCAUGAAAGUGACAAGAGUCUUCCAGAUUUUCUAUCAGAGAUCAUAGACUGCCCAUGCACACUAGCACAAUCUAGGGCAGAUACCGGCAGGUUUCAUCCAGAUUAUGGAUGUGACAUUGAUUCAGGAAGCGUGUGCACAUACCAUCCUGGAGCUGUGCAUUGUGUCAGAGGGAUCUAUGGCAGUCCUAAGUAUGCAGCAGGACAGCAGUGCUGCUAUGACGAAAGAGGAAUCCAAGUCCUUACUAGUGAUUCAAUAGGCGGCAGCACCCCUGACCGAGGACAUGACUGGGGGUCCCCUCCAUAUAGAAAGCCUCCCAGAGUGCCUGGGUUCUCCCAUUGGCUGUACGAUGUGAUCAGCUUCUAUUACUGUUGUCUGUGGUCAGAUAACUGCCAGUAUUACUUAGAACUCAGGCCAUCCAGUGAUUGUCGCACAUACAAGCCCCCAAAAGUCGCUUCUGCUUUUGGAGAUCCUCAUUUUAUUACCUUUGACGGGGUCAAUUACACUUUCAAGGGCAAAGGAGAGUACACACUGGUCAGCUCCAGUUAUAAGUCACUCAUGAUACAGGGUCGGACACAACCCGUUAUACAUGCAAAUGGUUCCACCACUUCAGUGACUGGAUUCUCCUCUGUGGCCAUGCAAGAGGGGAGUUCUGAUGUUAUUGAGGUGCGUCUAGCAGAAGACUUAGUCAUGAUUGAAGUUUUUCUAAACCAAGAACCUCUACGCUUUAAUCGGACAUGGAUAGAUCUUAAGGGUGUAUUUCUGUUUUAUGGUGCUGACAAACGUGUGACGGCAAUGUUUCCUUCUGGAGCUGGGGUGGAAGUGAGAGGAAGUGGAAAGUUUCUGAGUAUUAUUGUCCUUCUGCCAGAGGAGUUCAUGAACCAAACACAAGGGCUCAUGGGAGUCAUGAACAAUAAUCCAAAUGAUGAUUUUACUCUUAGGGAUGGAAGUGUGUUAUCAACUAGUUCAACUUCAGAAGAGCUUAUCCAGUUUGGUGCUAAUUGGGCAGUGACCAUUGACAGCUCACUCUUCACAUACGACUCCCAGUGGCUGAUAGAGAACUAUCAAGAAAAACAUGACUUCCAGUUCUUACCCACCUUCUCUGUUCAGGAGGAUCCCAAUGAUCCACUUACUAACAAUAUGAAGAACAUAUGUGGGAAUGAUUAUUUCUGUCGUUUUGAUGUGCUUACCACUAGAGACCUGGACAUUGGAAAUGCAACUUUAAUGUCACAUGAUAACCACAAGAAUUUAGUGCAGAGUCUGCAGCCAGUGGUCUCUUGUGGCUGGUUAGAGCCUCCAAAGAGUGGGAAGAAGGAAGGAACCAACUACCUGAACAACUCUGAAGUGAAAUUCACCUGUAAUAAAGGAUACAUUCUAGUGGGACCAUAUUCACGCAGAUGCCAAGCAGAUGGUACCUGGAGUGGGCAAACAAGUCAGUGUGUAUCAGAUAAUACUUUGGGCAUUGUCCUCGGAUGUGUGUUUGGAUUCUUUGCCCUCUUAAUCCUCAUAAUAUUGAUUGCCCUACAUGAAAAAAAGCACAGCAAGAAGAGUGAGAUAAAUGUCCCUGCAGUGACAUACCACAAAUCUCACAAAACUGACGACCCCUAAAAAAGGUUCCACAUGAAAUGAGAGAAGAAGCACAGCCGAAAUGCCGUACUUUAUAUACGAUGUUCUAUUUUACAGAACUGUCAGUGACACAAACCAAGGAGGAACAUAAUAAUAAAUUUAUCAGAAAUCGAAUUCACCUAGCAACCAGCUUACGUUAUACCUAUUUCCAGUGCCCCUCUACAAUAAAGGAAACAUCGAGCCAUGAAAACAACCUGCCUGGAUGUUAAGAACUGAACCCACGUGUGUUUUUGCUCCUCCACACUAAAAACAUCUGUAGAAGGAACAGUGCAGUCUUAACACUGAGGUGUCCAUUUUGUAGAAUAAAGGUUGAGAAAACUUGAAUGACAAGAAGCUUAUUAGGGUCAUACAUGAAGUGUUGGAACUUCAGCAGAUAGUCAGUAACAGUACACAUAAGAACUAGCGCUACUUUUACUUUUCUUACUGACAGCUACAAAUUGUGAGGAUACCUAGACAUGGAAUCAUACGGAUUCCUCUGUACAAUCAGCAUUAUUUCACCAAGUUGGUGUUAAAUGGGUCUGACAUUACUGACUUUCUGACAGACCAAAUGAUUAGUAGUUAUGCUCUUUAUUACAUCUUGUUAAAAAAAAAAAAAAAAAACUAUAGCCCAGGAUACUUACGCAUUUCAAACUACUACCAUGUGUAAGCCAUCCUGGGAUUGCAGUUUUUAACAAGACGUAAUAAACACUGUUUUCAUCUUUUCUAAGAAAACUGUUGCUGGAACUUUCCUUUAUCUACUCACCGGUUCAUCCAGCCUACGUGUACCAGCGUGGUGGUGAACUCUGAUCCAAGUGGACAUGAUUUUCACUUAUACAGAGAGCUGAAGUUUUCUUUUUAGUUUGGUCUUAGUUAGGAUCUUAGACAGUACACAGUAUCUGUUAAAAAAUAAGUUUCAACAAAUAAAUGGUAUUCUUUGUAUAGCAAAUAUUCUACAGUUUUCCAACACUUUUUGUAUCAAUUCCUCAUGGUUUUCAAGAAUUUUGCUAGCUGUCUUUCAGAGCCAGUUGUGUAGCUUCCAUAAAGGCAGACUGGGCGUAUCGGAGGAGGGGGGCCUGGCUCUGAACUCAUUUUUCUGUUCCCCCCCAAAAAAAACACUGCAUACAGCUGCCACUGGGGGGAGCUCAGUGCAAACAGAUUUUGCAGCUUCCAUUGAAGUCAGUGGUAGUUGUAUGAAAUCCUAGGCACUGGUCUCCCGCUAGUGGUGGUUGCAGACAGUUUUAUAAUAUGCUAUGUUCAGGGAAGCAGGAGAUUUGUCACUAUAUUGUCUGGUCUAAAUAGAUUCAAAAAUAUAUUAGAAAAGAGUGGCGUAUUUUUGAAGCACCUAUGCCACUUUUUUGAAGAGUCAGAUAAAGUGGGUAAGGUGGAGGGUGACUUUUUUUAUUAGAUUUUUUAAAUAAAAAUUUCUUCUCCUUAAUAAAGCA